CUGACCAACUUCUUGUCUGUGCUUGAUAAGAAUCUUUUAAAUCACCAACCACUGCAUGCUUUUCUUUUUCUCUUUUUAUCCCUUUCCUCGUUUAUUAUAUCAAAUAUCAAAUGGGUAUAUACUUCCCCUUAUUAUACAUCUCUUAAUACGUACACUUUUUUAUAAUGUUGCAGAGAAGAGGUUCAACUUCUGAGAAACAGCUUGAUGCUAAGACACUGAGACGUUUAGCUCAAAACAGAGAAGCUGCAAGGAAAAGCCGUCUAAGGAAAAAGGCAUAUGUGCAGCAACUAGAAACAAGUAGAAUAAAGCUAACUCAACUUGAGCAAGAUCUUCAGAGAGCACGAUCUCAGGGACUAUUCUUGGGAGGUUGUUCUGCUACAGUUGGAAAUAUCAGCUCUGGGGCUGCAAUAUUUGACAUGGAAUAUUCAAGAUGGUUAGAAGAUGAUCAGAGGCACAUGUCAGAGCUAAGAACGGGAUUGCAUGCACACCUUUCCGACAGUGACCUUCGAGUGAUUGUAGACGGCUACAUUUCUCAUUAUGAUGAUAUUUUCCGGUUGAAGGGAGUGGCUGCAAAAACUGAUGUUUUCCAUCUUAUAACUGGGAUGUGGACUACGCCGGCGGAGCGCUGCUUCCUUUGGAUGGCCGGUUUUAGACCUUCCGAGCUCAUCAAGAUGUUAAUAUCACAAUUAGACCCGUUAACAGAACAGCAAGUGAUGGGGAUUUACAGCCUCCAGCAUUCUUCACAACAGGCAGAAGAGGCACUUACCCAAGGCCUGGAACAGCUCCAGCAGUCUCUAAUUGACACUGUUGCUGGCGGGCCAGGCAUUGAUGCAAUGCAACAAAUGGCUGUUGCCUUGGGCAAGCUUGCCAAUCUUGAAGGCUUUGUUCGCCAGGCUGAUAAUCUAAGACAGCAAACACUUCACCAGUUGCCUCGGAUAUUGACUGUUAGACAGGCAGCAAGGUGUUUUUUGGUGAUCGGCGAGUACUAUGGGCGAUUACGAGCACUUAGUUCUCUUUGGGCGUCCCGUCCCCGAGAGUCCUUGAUGAGUGAUGAUCACUCAUGCCAAACGACAACAGACUUGCAUAUGGUGCAACCAUCACAGAAUCAUUUCUCAAACUUCUGAUAAAAAAGAAAGAAUCCCACUAGCCAGCCUGAUCAGCAAUCACAAAUCCUGUAUUUUCACAGCCAUGCAAAUUGGAUUUCCCAUCAUCGAGCUACUUUAGAGGAGAUAGGACCUUUCUUUUUCUUUUCUUUUUCUUUUAUCUCUUUGAUUAUUAAGUUAUCCUUGUAAAUGAAAAAUCAAUUUUAAUGUGCAAUGGAGGAGGGAGCUUCUCUCUUUUCUUGAAAGAAAUUAAAUUAAGAGAUCAUCAUAAA